GUAUUUGUUUCAAGAGGGGCAAGAGUCCCUCCUCCCUAGAGUAGGGUCCUUUUCUGUGUUUCAUAACACAUUGAAUGAUUUGAGUAACUUGGAAGGCUUUUUCCACCUGCCCCCACUUAGGUUCACAGAUUUUUAUUUGACUGCUUCUCUUUCACCCCUAUAUGAAAAAGCUUCCUUUUUGCCCCCAUGAUAAACCUAAGUAAUAGUAACAAAACAUUUUUGCAUUCUUUCUUGACAUGUAAAUUUAGUGAAUUUCUUUCUUUUGUAGGAGCUUCUUGGGUGUAGAGAGUUGAAUCCGUCUUAAUAAUUUACUAACUCAUUCAUUUAAAAAAUAUUAGAAACCCUACUAUAUGUCAAGUAUUCUGCUUGAUACUAGAUGUCCAGUUGUAAGCAAGCAGAUAUGAUUGUUGCCCUCUGGAAUUUCUAAUCUAGUUCAUGGCACAUUAUCACCAUCACUCUAUCAGCAUAGGCCCUGCUCUUGUUUUACUUAAUUUCUAUUUUUUUUCCUCCAACCCCAUCCCCUUCUGUAAGCAUAUACUCUGACAUACAUACCCUUAGAAAUGUAUUUGUCUGUUUUGUUUAUGUCUGUUUUGCAUGUAUGUUAAUGGUAUUAUAGAUCUGUUUGUACCUUACCUUUCUCACCCAAUACCGUUAUAUUUAAUCCCUAGUCACCAGUCAUUGCUUCUGACUGUGUUAAUUUUCCAUUAUCUGCAUCCAACACAUGCUUACUCAUUUCCUCAGGUAUGGAACCUAUAUUGCAUCUCAGGCCCUGACAUAAUAAUACCUCAGAUACACCUUAAGGACCUGUAGCAUGAAUAAUCUUUCAUUUAGUGAACUAUGUUGCCUCUUCUGCUGUCCACCUUGUCCAGGGAAAAUUGCUUCAAAAUUAGCAUUUUUGCCACCUGAUCCAACUUACACACUGAUGUGUGAUGAAAGCGGAAGCCGUUGGACUUUACAUCUAUCUGAACGAGCAGACUGGCAGUAUUCUUCUAGAGAAAAAGAUGCUAUUGAGUGUUUCAUGACUAGAACCAGUAAAGGCAACAGAAUUGCCUGUAUGUUUGUACGUUGCUCACCCAAUGCGAAAUACACUUUACUCUUCUCACAUGGAAAUGCUGUUGAUCUUGGUCAAAUGAGCAGCUUUUACAUAGGACUAGGAUCACGGAUUAAUUGUAAUAUAUUCUCAUAUGAUUAUUCUGGAUAUGGUGCAAGUUCCGGGAAACCCACAGAGAAGAACCUCUAUGCAGACAUUGAAGCUGCUUGGCUUGCUCUUAGGACAAGAUAUGGCAUUCGCCCUGAAAAUGUGAUUAUAUAUGGCCAAAGUAUAGGGACAGUACCGUCUGUGGAUCUUGCUGCUCGAUAUGAGAGUGCUGCUGUUAUUCUUCAUUCUCCUCUGACCUCGGGAAUGCGAGUUGCCUUUCCUGACACCAAGAAGACCUACUGUUUUGAUGCAUUCCCAAACAUUGACAAAAUCUCUAAGAUAACCUCUCCAGUAUUAAUAAUUCAUGGGACUGAAGACGAAGUCAUUGACUUUUCACAUGGCCUCGCGUUGUUUGAACGUUGCCAAAGACCUGUGGAGCCUCUCUGGGUUGAAGGAGCAGGUCACAAUGAUGUGGAACUGUAUGGACAGUAUCUUGAAAGGUUGAAACAGUUUGUGUCACAGGAACUGGUGCAGAAACAUAAAGAAGGGAAGUGAUUUUCUCAAGGUCUACAAUUGUCAACGACGGUACUAUGUAUUCCAUUAUCUUCUCUUUACCAAACUUAUCUGGAUUAAUAUACCAAUGAGCCUUUCAAAUUAUGUGGCGUAAACUUAUUUGCUCUCCAAUGUUAGUCACAAUUUUUUUUUAAUGGGUAGAGCCCUCCUUGUCAACUAGUUAUUCAUUGAAUAGUAAAUUGGUAGAUUGUGCCAAUUAAUUCUCAUGUUAAUGAUUAUUUAAAGAAUUUAAUACUAAUUCAUUUUACUAGGCACAGUUACAGUUAUUUAGUUAUGUUGAAACCUAGUGAGGAUGGUAGCCACAGACACAUGAAUAAACAAGUAUUUACUUCAGGAGCUGAUUUACUACAAAUUGUAACACGCAGAAUAAGCAAUUACAUUGAAAAAAGUAUCAAUAUAGUUAUUACGAAUUAACUUUUAUCUUGUUGCUUUGUUUUAAAAUAGGCUAUUUAUUCAAACAUGAUAGCAUGUUGCAUUCUGAUAAUGUGCACCCCAAACGCCCAGCAACCAGAAAUAACAGUUUAUGCUUACGAUACUUGGAACGAGGCUUUCAGUUUUAACUUGCAGAAUGGAAAAGACAUUUGUCUAUCGUAUCUCUAAAUGGAUUAUGCCUCUGACUGAAUAGUUGAAUGAGUAAUGCUAAGGAAGGAAACAAACACCUCUAUGCUGGAAAUGACCCACUUGACAUUAGAGUUGUGUGUUUUUCUUUCUUUCUUUUUUCUAGGGAAAGUACAAAGGUCUUUGCAAAUGUCAGUGAACUGAAAGCUGUUAAACUGGCUUUUUCAUAUGAAGCCAGAUGGACAUGAAACUAUUUUACUCCCUCUAUUUCCUUGUGUAGGCCAUGUACUAAAUUUGCAUAAUAUAAUUAUGACACUUUUAGAAAAAAGUUUUAAUAGUGUGUUUUAAAAAAUGACAUUGUUAUAUUAGAAAAAUGGGGAAAUGCUAUUUUUAGAUAAUUUUUGUUUAUCUCCUAAUAAAAUGCAAGUUUCAGCCACUGUACUACUUGAUUAAUUCAAAAUUUGGACUUCUUUUUCCUCUAAAACAACUACUUAAGGCAGUGUAUUGAAUUAAAGUAGAUUCAGUCUUCUGGUUUUUGAAGAAGAAAAGAAGUAGAGAGGGUAGCAGGUAGGUUUACGAAUAUAGGUACACUAUGUAUUGUGAAUUCAUAGGCUAUAAAUCAAAACUUAUAAUUAGCAUUCUCAUGAAUCUUAGAUGAAACUUGUGUUUCUAUUUGAACACCUAAUAACUUUGGUAAAGUCAGAGGCCAUCUAUAUCACUUCACCAAAGUGAGAAUUGGCUACUUUUUGAGCUCUUUUAAGUCUAGGGCUCCAAGCCUUCAAGGCCCAUCCCUGGGAAAUAGAAUGGGCAGAAGGGAAGGAGACAAAAGAAAAUAGUUUAUAUAUCCCUAAAUAUAUCUGGUGCUGUCAAAAAUGAUAAUUAAACUUGCUAAAGUAUUCAGUGUAAUCCUAAAUGAAAAAGAGAGUAUAAAUGAUUACACCUCUGUAAAAUAAAAUGUGAGUGUCUAUGGAAUAAAAGCCAAAGGAAAUAAAUACAGUGAAACAAAUGAUUGUGUUGAGGCAAUAGGAUUAUGGGUGAGUUUUUUUCCUUGACCUACUUAAAAAGGUAUCUUUUAUGUUGGUGUGUUAUUUUUUAUGAUAAAAAAGAAGGGGGGAAACCUACUUCUUCACUGUCUCCUGGUUUUCACUGUCAGAAACUGGCUUCUGGACUUCCAAAAUCAUAAGACCCCAGAACAGAUACAAGAGAAGUAAUUCUCAAAUGUGUUUUCAGCCUGGUUACCAGAGCAGCAAAUAAAAGUAGCUGGAGGAGGAGAGGAUUCCUUUAUUUGGGUGAACGAUAUUGAAUUUUGUGUUUUGUUUUGGCAGGGAAUGUAAUGAAUAGGAUAAUAAUAUCUGAAAUCCUCACUGAGUGCCAGGUCUAAAGUACUUUUUAGGCAAUGCCUACAUAAUAUAUUAACGUUAAAAACUCUAUAAUGCAUUGUUAUAGUUACUACUUUACCAUCUGUAGUCAUUUCCUUAGCCCAUUACAGCUUUGUUUUUACUUACUUCCUAUGUGCUAUUGGCAAAAAUAUAGAGGGAGUAAAAUACAUUACAUUUCUAUAUGUUAUAGGCCCAACAAUCCAUUAUAUACAUAUUAUUUGAAAUUGCUUUUUAAAAUCAAUUAAGGAGGAAAAAUAUGCAUUUAUCAUUACGUAAUUAUCAAUGUUGUUUGUUCCUGUAGAUUCAUAUUUCUGUAGGGUCACUUGAUUUCAGCCUGAAGAACUUCAUUUAGUAUUGUAAAAUGAGUCUGCUAACAAAUUCUCUCAGUUUUGCUUAUCUGGGAAAGUAUUUAUUUCAUCUUCAUUUUUGAAAGAUAGCUUUAGUCUAUAUAAGAUUCUUGGUUGCCUACUUUUUUCUUUGAGUAUAUGGAAUAUGUUUUCCUAUUGCUUUCUGGCUUCCAUGGUUUCUGAUGAGAAGUAAGGUGUUAAUCUUAAAUCUUAUUGAAGUACCUUUGUAAGUGAUGCAUUGUUUUUCUCUUGCUGAUUAAAACUUCUCCUUUGACUUUCAGCAUUUAUACUAUAAAGUAUCUGUUUGUGGGCAUCUUUGCUUUUUUUUCCCAAAGCAUUCGUUAAGCUUCUUGGAUGUAUAAGUUAUAGCUUUCUAAUAAAAUUGGAAACUUUUCUGCCA